GUAGUGGCGUGCGGUACUGGUGAAUUCGAAGCCGGUAUCUCGAAGAAUGGACAAACCCGUGAGCACGCUCUACUUGCUCAGACAUUGGGUGUUAAGCAAAUGAUCGUCGCAUGCAACAAGAUGGACACCACGGAACCACCGUUCUCCGAGGCUCGUUUUGGUGAGGUAUCAACUGAAGUGUCGAACUACAUCAAGAAGAUUGGAUACAACCCGAAGGCUGUUGCUUUCGUGCCAAUCUCAGGCUUCAACGGCGACAACAUGUUGGAACCUUCGACCAACAUGCCGUGGUUCAAGGGAUGGACUGUUGAACGCAAGGAGGGAACCGCUAGUGGCAAAACUCUUCUCGAGGCCCUCGACUCGAUUAUUCCACCAUCACGACCUACCGACAAGCCACUCAGAUUGCCUCUUCAAGACGUAUACAAGAUUGGAGGUUACUUAUUGAACUAUAUG